GACAUGGGAAGAUACCUCGCGCCCCAGCAAAAUACUGCCCAUGACAUUUGUAGACCCUGAGAACGGCGCCUAGUCCUUCUCAAAAGCCCAUUGAAUUGGUAAUACUAUAGACAGUAAGGUGUUCUCCCUUAUUUCCUUUCUUUUUCUUGUCUCCGUCUUCGCUUCCUCUUUCUAUCCUCAAAGCCUCCUUCCCUUCCUUCGCUUUCUGUUCUAUCAGUAUUGCGGAUUAGGAUCUAUUUACCUCGACUGCCCCUCCAGUCAACCUAUCCAUCCUCCCUCAUACCUCCCCCGCAUAUCUCAGAUAUGCAUCUUCAGCAGCACCAGGAGCCCUUCGGUGGCCCCGCUGGUGACAGCAAAUGGAACAAGGAGCAAGAGGCACCCUCCGCCGCAAAGCAGUUCACUCAGAAGUCUUCGGCUCUCCCAUUCGGUCAGCCAAUUGACUUUGCUUCUGUCAGCGGCCCUACCUAUGUCACAGCUCAGACUUUGGUCCAGCAAGUGGCAUAUUCAUUGAGCGACAAGCUUUACAGCUACUCUCCAGAGACCUUCGACCUCGAUAUCUCAGCCAAGGGCUGGGCUGCGGCCAAGGCCAAGAAUGCUCACGGAUACCCUACCUCGAUCUCUGCUAUGCAGACCAGAGCUGGUGCCGGAUCAAUUGCCCUCGGAUACAUGUUCUCCAAGGACUUCGAUCUCUCCAAGAGGCAUAUCCCCCAGUCACUUCUGGCUUCCGCUGGCACCUUGAACCACCUCCGCCCAGCACUCGACCAACUCUCCCUACUCUACUCUGUCGCCAACCCUUUCGUUGCCCACAUCACGGCGGUUGACUACGCAUCUGGGUCUUCGAGCGGCCUUGUCACCGAUUACACCUCCGCACUGGCAGUCGCAGAGGACCUCGGCCUUGGACUUGUCUCCAGCGCAUCCCCAUACGAGGCUCAACAUAUCUCUCUAUUCGCUACCCUCCUGGCUACGGUUCUGCCAACUAUCCACAUCUACGAUGGCAUCAAGGUCGGACGCGACACUGUCCGCGUCAUUGACGUCCUUGACCAGGCUGGAUUGAAGGGUGUCUAUACCGCUGUCUCCAAGGAGAUUGCUGCCAUUAGCAAGAAAGCCGAUGUUGACUCCAAGGUCCAGCAAGUCCUGAAGGCGUUCAACGAUGAGCUGGGCACCGCAUAUGACCUGUUCGAAUACCAGGGUCACGAGUCACCAGAUACUGUUUUAGUUGUCUUUGGCACCGUGGAGGCUGCCUUGGCUUCUCAAGUCGCAACUAAGCUUUCCGAGUCAGGAAGCAAGGUUGGCGUUAUCAAUGUCCGUGUUUACAGGCCAUUCGUCGAGGAUGCCUUUAUUGCCGCCCUCCCAGCGUCGGUCAAGACUGUUGCAGUUCUUGGACAGGUCCAGGAUGCCUCGGAAGUUGCUGAUAAGUCUGUGCGCUCCGCCCUUUUCGGCGAUGUCACCGCUGCUCUCGCAUUUUCGGACAAGUUCUCCCCUACCCUGGCUAUUGUCGACAGCAAGUACGCCAGAGAGCAGUCUUUCACUCCAGGCUCCAUUGCUGCGCUUUUCAGCCAGCUGGACACCAAGGCCGUUUCCGAUUCCGAGGAGGUUUCUAUCCAGCUUCUGGCAGCAGGCAAGGCCGAGCAAUACACAUUCUGGGACUUGGAUGAGUCUGUUGCCAGAACUGCGCCAGCCGCAAUCAGCAAGUUCCUUUCCAAUGACUCCAAGACCAACGUCUUCCUUAAGCAGGCCUACGACAACUUCGUGCAGGGUGGUGUUGUCCGAAGCGACAUCCGUAACUCUAAGAAGUCUAUCGAUACUUCUUACCCCAUUGAGGAGGCUGACAUUGCCGUCGUUGGCGAUGAGAAGAUCUUCAAGGACUUGGAUGUUCUUGCCAGCCUCAAGUCUGGUGGUAAGCUCAUCGUAAAGCUUCCUGGUCUUAAGGAUGAGGAUCUGGAGAAGAAGCUUCCUGCUUCCGUCCGCAGAGAACUUCAAGCCAAGAACAUUGAGCUUUACGUUGUGGACCCAGCUGCAUCUGCAGCUGUUGCCAAGGAUGCUGCUCUUGAGACUCAACUUCUUGAGAUUGCGUUCUUGAGAAUUGCCCGCCCAGACGUGCUCACGAACGGACUGGACAAGCUGGUCGCCAUCAGUGGCAAUGCCGCUACCUUGGCUGAGAUCGCCACUGAUCUCGACAAGGCACUCCGUCAAUUCGAGAUCCCAACCGCAUGGGCCGAGGUUGAAAUCGAUACGAAGGAGAGGGAGCUCCCCACGGAUGUGCAGACAUCCAGCUUCACUGCCUUCAACAAGGCUGAGGUUCAAGAGCCUGCUCUUCUUAAGGACUGGCAAUCUGCCGCGAAGGGUCUUGCUUUCAAGGAGGCAUAUGGCACUGUUACCGCCCUACGCCCCGACCUUUCCGUCACGACGUUCACCGUCAAGGUCCAGGAGAACCGUCGUUUGACCCCGCAGACCUACGACCGUAACAUCUUCCACAUCGAAUUUGACCUCGGGACCUCCGGUCUCAAGUACAACAUUGGCGAGGCCCUCGGUAUCCACGCCAAGAACGAUGAGCAAGAAGUCCAGAUGUUCAUGGUGGCCUACGGCCUCAAUGCUGAUGAUGUUGUCGAGGUCCCAUCUCGCGAGGAUGUGUCUGUCUUAGAGACACGCACUGUCUACCAAUCUCUGAUGCAAAACAUUGACAUCUUUGGCAAGCCACCAAAGAAGUUCUACGAAGCUCUGGCCGAGUUUGCUACUGAUGAGAACGAGAAGAAGGAGCUCCUGACUCUUGCUGGCCCCGAGGGUGCCAACGAGUUCAAGCGCCGCGCUGAGGUUGACACCAUUACCUACGCCGAUAUCCUCCUUGAGUUCCCAUCCGCCCACCCAUCAUUCCACGACAUUGCACAGAUCGUCAGCCCAAUGAAGCGCCGCGAGUACUCCAUUGCCUCCUCCCAGAUGGUCAACCCAACAACCGUCGCACUGAUGAUUGUCGUUGUCAACUGGGUCGACCCCAAGGGCCGCGACCGCUUCGGUCAAGCCACCAGAUACCUCAGCCAGCUCCCAGUCGGCACCGAGGUCACUGUCAGCGUCAAGCCUUCCGUCAUGAAGCUCCCAGUCAAGGACUCCGCGCCUCUCAUCAUGGCCGGUCUCGGUACGGGUCUUGCUCCUUUCCGUGCCUUCGUCCAGUACCGUGCCAUGCAAAAGGCUCAGGGUAUCGAGAUUGGCUCCAUCCUUCUGUACAUGGGCUCUCGCCACCAGCGCGAGGAGUACCUCUACGGCGAGGAAUGGGAAGCUUACCAGGACGCUGGUGUCAUCACUCUCCUUGGCCGUGCUUUCUCACGUGAUCAGCCUGAGAAGAUUUACAUCCAGGACAGGAUGAGGCAGACCGUCGAUGACAUCAUCACUGCUUACAUUGAGGAGGAGGGAUCCUUCUACCUCUGCGGUCCUACAUGGCCCGUUCCAGAUGUUACGGAGGUUCUCGAGGAGGCUAUUUCCAAGAAUGCGAAGGCGUUGGGCAAGAAGGUUGACUCGCGCAAGGCGAUUGACCAGCUGAAGGAGGAGCAGAGAUACGUGCUUGAGGUGUAUUAGAUAAUUGAUCUUUUGUAUAUAAAAGCGAGCGUUUGAAUGAUAGAAGCUCAGUAUUUAGUUUUUGGAGGGGAUUCAUAGGUAUCAAUCAUUUAAAAUACCAGAUUGUAUACUACUCGAC